AUGUGGCUUCUCCUCACCUUCUCCUUCCUGCUGGCGUCUGCAGGUGAGGACGACAGUGACGAGGUGCGGAGGGGUGAGGAGUGUGUGCCCCACUCCCAGCCAUGGCAGGUGGCGCUCUUCGCUCAUGGACGCUUCAACUGCGGUGCUUCCCUCAUCUCGCCGCAAUGGGUGCUGUCUGCAGCCCACUGCCAAACCCGCUUCCUGAGAGUGCGGUUGGGCGAGCACAAUCUGCGCAAGCGCGAUGGCCCGGAGCAACUGCGGACGGUUUCUCGCAUCAUCCCACAUCCGCGAUACGAAGCGCGGCACCACCGCCACGACUUGAUGUUGCUGCGUCUAACCCGACCCGUCCGUGUCACCGCCGAAGUGCGCCCGGUCCCGCUGCCCGCGCGCUGCCCCCAGGCCGGCGAGGCCUGCGUGGUGUCCGGCUGGGGCCUGGUGGCUAACAAGGAGCCUGGGGCCACAGGGAGCCCCGAGUCACAAGUGAGACUCCCGGAUACAUUGCACUGUGCCAACAUCAGCAUUAUCUCCACCGCGUCUUGUAAUAAGGACUAUGCGGGGCGCCUGAUGGACACCAUGGUGUGUGCUGGCGUGGAGGGCGGAGGCAUCAACUCCUGUGAGGGUGACUCUGGGGGACCGUUGGUCUGUGGGGGUGUCCUGCAGGGCAUUGUGUCCUGGGGUGAUGUCCCCUGCGACACGACCACCAAGCCCGGCGUCUACACCAAAGUCUGCAGCUACUUGGAGUGGAUCAAGGAAACCAUGAAGAGGAACUGACCAUUUGGGCCUACCACCUGUGUCCCAGCAGCCCCAUCCUGACCUGGGACAGAACUGGGCCAUCCCCCCCCGAGACCCGGUCCAAGACCCAGAGGUUAGCCAUGGACUUGCCUGUCUGAGACCAGAGCUGGUGAUCAUGGUCACCUGUUUGAUACCAAAAUA